GUCACCUCACGAACUGUUCGCUAUAAGAUCCUCUUCGUCUCUCUCGCCAUUGAAUGAAGCUUUUUGCAGAUCAAAACCUUCUGCUUCGCUUCAUUCAUCAAUGGAUUCCGAUUUUCCUCCGCUUUUCGGAUGCCCGAUUUCCAUGGAGCUCAUGGAGGAUCCCGUCACCAUCUCCACCGGCGUCACCUACGAGAGAAAAAGCAUCGAAAAAUGGCUCUUCACUUACAACAACAAAACCUGUCCGGCGACGAUGCAGACCCUCGCCGCUGGCGACUUCGUCAUCACUCCUAAUCUCAAUCUCAAACGCCUCAUUCUCGCUUGGAAGAUCACUGAUUCUUCUGCGUCGCCGGCGACGAUCGAGGAAGUUCGAUCGCUGCUUGCGACUGUUGAGUCUUCUCCAUUCAAGGUGAGUUCGUUGAGGAAAUUGAGAUCCAUGAUUGAAACGAGCGAUGAGAUGAAAUCGGGAUUUGUUCGAUUGAAUGGGAUUGGAAUUGUUGUGAAUGUUGUCGUUCAAAUUCUCAUUGAUUGUUCUGAUUUUUGGACGUUUGAAGCUUGUGAAGAGGCUGUGGGAGUGUUGUCUCAGCUUCCGAUUUCGAACGAAGACAAACUGUUCGACGAAAUGUCUAAGAGAGAAGAAUUGAUGAAAUCCAUCGCUAUUGUUCUUCAAAGGGGAAGUGCUGAAGGCCGUUUUUACGCUGUGAAAAUCCUAAGAAAUAUUGCUAAAAACACCAAUUUCAAUUGGGGCUCUGUUUUGGAAGAACAGGGGAUCGAUUUCUUCAAGCCAUUGUUGGAGCUUGUAUCAGACGAAUUCUCCACAAAGGCAAGCUCGUGCGCAUUGGAUGUAAUGAUGGAAAUUUUAGCAUUGUCAAAGAGUAGUCGAGUGAAGGCGAUCGAGGCCGGUGCUGUGUGCAUCCUCAUCGAGCUCUUACCGGAGUCAGGUCGAUCGAAAUGCGAGCGAAUGCUGCAGAUUCUGCAGAGUUUGUGUGAAUGUGCAGAGGGGAGAUUGGCUUUGGUGGAACAUGGGAUGGGAAUUGCAGCAGUGACUAAGAAGAUUUUGAAUGUUUCAAACGUAGCAACAAAAAUGGGAGUGAAGAUUUUGCUUUGGAUUAGUAGUUUUCACCCCAAUGAAAGGGUUGUGGAAGAGAUGAUGGCUUGUGGGGUAGUGAAGAAGCUGAUGAUGAUAUUGCACAUGGACGGCGGCGGCGGUGGCCGGAGUUCGACGAAGGAGAAGGCGAUCAAGAUUUUGAAGAUGCAUGGGAGCUCAUGGAGGCGUAGCCCUUGUUUUCCAAGUGAGUUGAAGAAUUAUUUGAUGUUUGUGAAUAUUGAAUGAUAUAUUGUUCUUCCUAAACAAAUCAACAUACCAUAGGGAAAAGAGAAUUAAGUAUUUUUUUUUUUUUUUGUCA